CAAAGUGGAAGGUGGGGGAAGGGCAACUCCGAGGGUGCUAAUCCCAGCUUCCUGUCCGGAUUUUCCUUGACUGCUGCUCAGGGCCUAUCUUAGGAUGGUCACAGCUGCCGAAAUAGAUCUCCCCCCUCACCUGUUGUUAAGCAAUGGAGACCUUGCUGACUUCCUGUCAGAAGAAUGCAUGCUUUUGUAACUUUUCCAAUAUAGGGGACAGGAUUGACUGCCACCUUUCUCCAUUUCUGAGGGACCAAGGCUCACCUUAACCAGGAAUCAGGGAGCAAAGAGCCAAAAUAAGGAACUGGAGAUGGAUUUUUGGCCAGAGUUCCAUCCUCUUCUGUGAAUUCGGCCAGUGUUUCCUUUCUGGUCUUCUUCAGAAACUACGCUCUGUCCACAGAAUGUCCCUCUCCUGACUGACAAAGUGGCAGGGAGCAGAUCUGAGGCCUCUCUCACUCACCUGUCCCUAACACCCAAGGCGGCCCCUACAAAUGUCUAUACCUGCUGAACCCAUCAAGUGAGCUAGGGAUCUGGGACCUGGAAACCAAGCCUACCUAGCAACUCACUCAUUUAUUCAACAAACAUGGCCUCCCUGGCCCAAUACUGUGGAGUCCGGGGCAGGCCUGCGCAUGCGUGGGAGGAGCUGUGAAUUGGCGUCGGCGUUGCUGAGGGAACCCAGACCUGCGAAUGCUGGCCAUGGCCUCCGGGGCUAGCGGGAGCUGGGAUCGCGUUCCACCACAGAGUGCAGCCCCGACGCCCUCGGUGACGAUUCUGCAGCCCCUCCCAUGGGCCGUCUCUGCCUCGCCCCCCCAGCCGGGCCGCGUGAAGGAAGAUCUGCUGGAGUUGAUGUCGCUACAGAAUGCGCAGAUGCACCAAUUACUGCUGAGCCGCCUGGUGGCAAGGGCCCUGAACCCUGAGACCGACUCUCCAGGUCUACCUGGAGGGGCAACAGGAAGAACCAGAGGAGGAGGUGCAUAUCCAGGAGGAAGUGCCUUUGGUGUUCCACCACCACUACCUGCCUUACCUGAUCCCCACCCUGGGCCCCUGGCCCCUCUGGCCAGCCCCUUUCUUUCCUUCUCCCUCGAGCCAACCCUACUCACAGGGCACGCCCAGUGUCUGUCACCAGCCUCCUGCCUCUGGGACAAGGGAGAUGAGAGCUGUACCCCCGCCCCCACCCCCCAGUGCUACAGAGACUGUGGGUGCAGAUGUACCUCCAGCUUCAGACUACUAUGAUGUUGAGAGCCUGCUCUGAGGAUGGAAGCUCACAGGAGUCCUCACCAGCUUCAGUGCGGGGCUGAGAACGGCCCUGUAGUCUCCACUUGCUCACUACUGUCUGCUGAUUGCACCCAUGCUGUCAGCCCUCCCCUCUGGGGGUGGGGGAUCCACCCCUCUCCACCCCAUUGCCAUCCUGAACAGGCCUAGAAGACACCCUCCAAGCCCAGCCAGGGGCCCAGAAGCCACAUGAGCCCGACUCUGGGCCACGGUUUUCUGCCUGGACCAGGGCAAUGCCUCUACACUACAAGUCCCAGCCCACCUCUGUCCCUCUCUCCUCUGGGAUGACAAAGGCUGUAGGGUCACCAGCUGGGUUAAGAAUGGGGCAGGAGGUGAGAGGAAAGGACUGCUCCUGUUUCCCAAGCACCUUGAAGCUCCCCGAAGCUCCCCCUACCUGGGGUAGGGCUUGGAGCUGAGUCAGUGCCCUUAUGAUCCACCAUCAGCCCAAGAAGUUAACCUUGGCAGCCAGUAGAGUACUGGAUAUGUCCUUCUCCUGCCCCCAGGAAUACCCUAAGGUCCCAUGAGGACAGGUGGGAACUGAGUGUUCUUUGUCCCUCCAGGACAGGGUGGUUCCUCGCACUCCAUCCAUAGGAGUGAGUCACCCAGGCCAGUUGAGAGAGGUGCCUGGGCUGAUCAGUGACGGGCUUUUGGGGUCUGGGGUGGUUGUGGCCCUGGAAGGCCCCUGAGAAGGAGAGGGCAGGAAGGAGGACACAUCUGGAGAGAGAAGGCCUGUUCUCCCCCUUUCCCAACUGCUGACUGUUACCCCAGGAGCAGACAUGGAGGACACCAGGUUAAGUCCAGGUGUUUGUAUUCAGGCUAGAAAAGGAAAUGUCCCCAGAGUCCCAUGCUGCUCUUAGGCCCUCUGCCGGGCUGGAUCACAAUCCGAGGAGCUAUGCUAGGUUCCAGCAGUCACCAUGGUGGUGGCCAUGCAGCUCAUGCAGGCUGCACCCGGAAGGUGCGGGGCAGCCUUCGCCAGGCAGCCAGUACCCCGUAGGUGCCUGUCCGCCUCUGGCGCUGAUGCUGGCUGAUGAUAAAGCAGAGCAGGAUGGAUGUCACAAAUAAAAACAGCAGAACUGA